AUGGUGGAUCCUCUUUUCACCACCGCCUUGUUCCAGGUCUCAGGAGGAGGUCUGAAGUUGACCCUGUACCAGUACAAGACCUGCCCUUUCUGCAGCAAGGUACGAGCCUUUCUGGACUACCACGGGCUGCCGUACGAGAUCGUGGAGGUGAACCCAGUGAUGAGGAAGGAGAUCAAGUGGUCGGCCUACAGAAAAGUGCCCAUCCUGAUGGUGGAUGGCGAUGUGCAACUGAACGACUCGUCUGUCAUCAUCAGCUCCCUCAAGACACAUUUAAUCACCAAGGAGAAAAGCAUGACUGAGAUCUUGCGCUGCUACCCAGAGAUGAAGUCUGUGAACGACCGUGGGAAGGAGGUGACGGAGUACAGCAACAAGUACUGGGUGAUGCUGGGUGAGCUCCAGACCCUGGCAAUGUACCCCGAGAAGGAGAUGCAGAAAGAGGAGAUUAAGUGGCGCGAGUGGGCCGAUGAUUGGCUUGUGCAUCUUAUAUCUCCUAAUGUGUACCGGACUACCGACGAGGCCCUGGCCUCCUUCGACUACAUUGUGCGCGAGGGCAAGUUUGGGCCUUACGAAGGUUUCUUUGCCAAAUAUGUUGGCGCUGCGGCCAUGUUUCUCAUCGCCAAAAGGCUGAAAAGUCGACACAAACUGCAGGAAGACGUCAGGCAGGAUCUUUACAAGGCCGUCAACGAAUGGGUGGCAGCCAUCGGCAAGAAGAGGAAGUUCAUGGGUGGAGAUCAUCCCAACCUGGCAGACCUGGCGGUGUUUGGUGUCCUCCGAGUGAUGGAGGGCCUGCAGGCGUUUGACGACAUGAUGACUAACACAAAGGUCAAACCCUGGUACAGACGGAUGGAGAGGGCGUCGCUCAACCACGAGGGCCGCGACUUAAGCCGAACUGGAGUGGAACAUGUGAAGGAAGGAGACCGCAGCGCCGAGCGCUCCCAGCCUCAGACUGAACAGUAAAUGGCCAAGAAAGAAAGUGACGGCAGCAGCAAGCUAGAAGUCCUGCAUUUAUUGAGCGAACGGUUUGAGAACCUGCUGGACACAUGAUUUCAAACCUAACUGCAGACAUUAAUGCAGAUAAAGAGAUCACACACAUGUUGCCAGAUAUGUAAUUUUACCAUUUAAUUACCAAGCUGCUUUGUGGAGAAACCAUCCAGUCUGCUGUUCAUUCAAAGGGCGUUUCACUGCCCUCUACAGGUAAACGGUGGGAACUGCAACAAUUCAAACGGUUAAACUAUUUCACAAUACAAACAAAACAAUAAGUCAGCAUAUCUUUGAAGCAGCAAUUCUUUCAUUCCCAGUUUGCUUUAUUUUUCAUUGUGGUGAGGUCAAAAAAUAUCAGUCACAAAAGUGAUCAACAUAUACAAUAUCUUUCAGUCCUCACCAUGACCCCAAAACAUUGCUGUAAUUUGGAAACUGCUUGUAUUCAACAGUUGUUUUUUCGAAUCAACAUGGUUUAUUUCAGCGGUUCUCAACCAAAGACUUUGGGCUCCUGUAAGAACUCACAAGUUUGUUGUAUUUCUGAAAAAUAAAAUGUACCAAUGUAUUUUUUUUCUUUUCUGAUUUUGAAUAAAUGUAUGUUCUCAAACUCCUUACUGUAAAAAUGUAAAGGAUACUAAUUGUAAAGAGAAAUAAUUAGAAUCAACUGGAGGUCAAGUUUGCAGUGAUCCAAAACGUUGACAUUUGUCCAGUUCACUGAUUCACUCAUCCUGGUUUAGAAUUUAAUUUACGUCGAUUGUAAGGUCUGACACUUUCAGGUUACUGCAGCUUUGUCUGGAGAGCAAGUGGUCAUUUUGAUUCUGUAGAUUGUGUGUAAUAUUGUUAAAGGUACCAUGAGGUUCUCUAGUUCAGCUGAUUGUGUAACUGAUGCAGGAUCAGUCUGCUGGGGUUCUCUUUGGGGUAAAAGUAAAGAAAGGUCAGCUGCCAGUUUGAAUGUAGCCGACUUAAUAUGCAAACUGAAGAUCCAUUUCUUUAAUUGUAUUAAAACCAACUCUAUGUGCAUAGUUGUAAAAAGGUGAAAAAUAAAAAAGGAAACCUGGA